AUGCAUUUCUCAACCCUUUUCACCAGCACACUCCUUCUCACCGCCGAUGGCGCGCUGGCAUACUUCAAGCCUCGACCCGACAUGGCACUUGCGGUGCCCCGCGCCGCUCUCCCCCAUGGCAACCAGAACUAUAACGUUUUUGGCCGCCGUUCCGUAACCUUCGGCAAGCGUACCGAACACCUCAAGGACUGGGCCGCCUGGGAGACCCCCGCCGCCGCCGCAGCAGAGACUCCAGGCGCAACGUGGGCGGCGGCAGCGGCCGCGGCAGCCACUCCCGGCGCAGGACAGACGGGCGGCGCGACGCCAGGCCCGGGCGACAAGGUGCAGGUGGUGCAGGUGGGCGGCUCGAACGGGUCACUGACGUUCGAGCCUGCCGACAUCAAGGCCGAAAUGGGCAGCUUCGUGCAGUUCCAGUUCAACCCCAUGAACCACUCGGUUGUGCAAUCGACCUUCGACGCCCCGUGCAUGCCCAUGUCCAUCAGCAUGCCCAACGCCAGCGCCAACGCCUUCUUCUCCGGCUUCAUGCCCGCGGCUCUAGCCAACACCGCUUCCGCGGCAAGCAACGGAACUUCGGCCGCCUCGUCGGGAUCCACGGUCGGCGGCAAGCUGACGUACACCAUCAAGGUCUCGGACGCGAAGCCCAUCUGGUUCUAUUGCUCCCAGGGCAAGCACUGCCAGGCCGGCAUGGUCGGCGCCAUCAACGCCGCCUCCACCGGCCAAAAGACGCUCGCCGGCUACAAGCAACUCGCCGCCGCCGCCGCCGAGAACCUGUCGCCGGGCCAGAUCCCGUCGGCACAGUCGGGCAACGGCACCGCCUCCGGCAGCAGCAGCAGCAGCGACGGCUCGUCGUCGUCAUCGUCCUCAGGUUCUUCCGGCAGCUCCAGCGGCUCGUCCGGCGCCGAGGCGGGCGCCGCCGCGUCCGGUACCGACAGCAGCCUCCCCGCCCAGCAGACGACCAACGCCGGCCCCCGCGUCGCCGGCGACGUCGCGUCGUCGUCGGCCCUCUCGGCCAUCGUGGCGUUGGGCGUUGCAGCUAUGGCGCUGCUGUAA